AAGCCGGGUCCUGUCGUGGCGGGCGAUCUCGUAAGUAGUGCCCGUUUCAUUCUUCUUUUUGCUGCUGCUGCUGCUUCUGAGUCGUUUCCAUCCUCGUCAAUUCAAUAACUUCUUCGCUCGCUUCCAUUCAUCUGGAUCGCUUCAUCGUUCCUGCCAGCCAUUGUUACCACCGCGCCCAUCUCAGCCGUGCGCCAUCUUAUUGUGUCUUUUGCUGCAAGCCCGUUGAAGUCCGGAAUUCCUGCAGGUGUCAGGUCAGGAUCGAACAAGCUGCCCGUCCCCAGCAACUCCAAGCACUCUCAUACGCUACAUGCCUUACACACAAUCGAGUCCGCCAGGCACAUUGCACUCAGCUACGUCGUACGACAUUCGAGGCACCUCCCAGCAUAGUCGCGUGGACUCUCCAAGACAGACUACGACGUCUCUACCUCCUCCACUUUACCUUCCACUUUCGUCGGUACCAUCACAGGGCUCCUCUGGUCAACCUACUGGGGCACCGUCGGGGUCUCAAAUUUACUCGCCACAGCCACCGCUAUACUCCGUUUCCUAUCCUACAAGAAGCCAAAACUUUUCCAAUUCAGACACGAUGGCGGUUCAUCCUGUGAUUAAUCGACAGAUGUACCCAACCAUUGGGGCUUACCAUCCAUCACAAACAGCCUCUACACACAUGCAUUCAUCGCAUCACGAUCUUCAAGCUCGUGGAAUGUAUACUCACGGAUUUGGAUACCCGCAACAACAGCAUAUGUUUGCCUACCCUCAGUAUGCUCUACCCACGCAUCCGGCAUACGCUACUCACCCCUCAUCACAAACCUACUCGCCUGUAUCGCCCGCAGGCUCGGCGAUUCUGAUGCCCCAACAAACAACUUCGGCUUUGCAUAGUUCACCUUCUCAUGGUAUUACUGCAAGUCCUCGCAUGAAGGUCGAGCCAUCUCAUCUAAAGUUCGAACAUCAACCCAUGAAAUCAGAGCAGAACUAUGUACAAAGGCCCAUAUCUAGCAUCGAUAUGGCUCAAUCCGGACCCGUUGCAAUCUCAUCUCCGCCUUCUGGAGCUGGAUCAAAUACGGCCGCUCCAGGUCCAAUCCCUGCUACAACCCCUUUGGUAGUCAGACAGGACCAGAACGGGGUGCAAUGGAUAGCGUUUGAGUACUCGCGAGACCGAGUGAAGAUGGAAUAUCAAAUUCGCUGUGACGUCGAAUCCGUGGUCAUCGACGAGCUGACUCCGGAAUUCAAGACGGCAAAUUGUGUUUAUCCAGGUGCUUACAGUGGUAAGGAAGGCUACAAGGGGAACAGGCUUCACUAUGAGAGUGAAUGCAAUGCCGUAGGCUGGGCUCUAGCACACCUGAAUCCAGCACUGAGAGAGAAGCGUGGUCUCAUUCAACGCGCGGUCGAUAGCUGGCGGAACAGCAAUCAAGACCCUCGCUUGCGGAGUCGACGAGUCAGGAGACAGGCCAAGAUCAACAACCGAAAGGCGCAACUGCGCCAACCAGAUGGACCUAUCUCUUUAUCUCCCGCUGAUAGUCUCGCGUCGAGAGCCCCUCCAGUCAUGUCUAUGGACUCAGGAAGGCCGCCAGCACCACCACUCAACCUGAACGCUGGUCAGAUGCACCAUCAUCAUUCGACAUCAGAUGGCAACGGAGGCGAGAGCGUCAGCAAUGAAGCACUUUCGUCGCUGGAUCAUCGUAGUCCGUCACUUAGCCUCAUCUUUGAUCGUCCACUAGCGUCCCCUCUCGGGCCACAUCGGCGGGAUAGUCACUGUCCCAACGUCUCUUCGUCCUUCUCCACUGGGUCUGACUCUUCGACCGCGGACACGCGAAAUUAUGUCAAGGCAGAAGAAAAUGGGGAGAAGCUGCCACUAUUCGGGGAUGAGCCCGAGGCAAAGAGACGAAAAUUCAUUCUUGUCGACGACCCGUUGCGUGGAACUCGAGUUCGUGUCCACGUAGAGCUUGAUAACAUCAAGUUGGAUGAAAUGCCAGACUUUCAUCUCCAAAAGAACAGCGUGUUUCCCCGCCAGUUCUAUCCACGACAAAUGAAUUCGAUAUCAUCUUCCCCCGAAUCUUCGAAGGACCGCCACAUUUCUGUACACACCAAGACUGAAGGCGAGCGGAUUACUUUAGAGGGCGAGGACUCUGUCAACGUCCCACUGUUGGACGGUUCGCAAUUGGAACUACCUAUUCCUAGGAUAUCUGAACAUCUUCGGCUCAAAGAGUGCGCAUUGAACGAGCUCGGUUACCGCAUGAGUUGGAGGCAUGCAAAAACAUUCAAUGAGAGGACAAUUUUCAUGCAGAGAUCGCGUAAGUGGAUACCCUUCCUGUCGACGUAUGAGUGUCUGACGAUCACAUAGUCGAUGCUUAUCGAGACAAGAUGUGGAGCUCUAUGAUGGCUUUGAGUCAGGGUGUCUCAUGCUUGGCUGCGCACCUCGAGGUGAGAAUGGGAAAGCGUAAAUGGACCGAACGAGACGGACCUAGCAUCUCCCAUACUUGAACUGCGGCUCAGGACAACUUAAGGGACCGUGGACAAGAGUCCAGCUUGGCAGGCCCAUGCAACAAUUGUUACGAAGCUCCAAAGGGCAGUCUGGGACGUAAAUUGGAGCAUGUGAGGAAUCGAUCACAAGAUGACCAAUGAUUCUCUGAAUUGGAUUAACAGGCAGGGGACCCUCCUGAAGCAGGGUUGGUUGAUUCAUGUGUGCGCUUGAUUAUGACGCCUACGUAGCUGCAGAAAGACACAUUGUAUAGCUGUGCCAGAUCGUCCUGGGCGAAAGUCGAUUGGGCGACUAGUCUCAAUGACAAUCGCAUC